AUGACAUUUCAUAUAAGGUGUGCGUAAAUGUGAUGUUCUAAAGAAAUUUUCAGAGAUGAAAAUUGUCAGUUUUUGUUAUUUCUCCAUUUUCUUUUUUAUAAUCAGCGCUGAUAAAAGUAAAAAGGACUUUAAAAACUUUGGCCCUUUCGAAUUACCAAUGAUAAAAUAUGAAAUGUGUAAGGGACCCAAAAAAAGUAAUUUGACUUCACUUUCAUCUUCUAUGACCCUUGAUGAAAAAGGCGAGUGGAUCUUUUCUUUUAAUAUGACAAUUUUGGAAGAAAUUAUGGUAGACCAGAUAAAAAUUGUUAUCUUUUCUUUAAAAAAAAACAAAACUAACUUAUUAUACGCAUACAAACUAAAUGAACCGUGUAAACACUUUUUGUUCUCCAGCAUUAUACAAACACAAUUCAAUGCAGUCAAUUGUCGUAUUAGUAAGGAUUCAUAUAUUCUGAGACUGAAUCUGAACGAAAUAUUGAGAUCAUUUCUUGGUACUUCGUUUUUCUAUGGAGACUAUUUAUUUAAAACACAUAUAACUACGAAAACUGGAAACCUGUUUUGUACCGAGACAUUCAUGCGAUUCUCUAAGAAGGGGAAAACGGCAGUGGCAUCUUCUAAACCAGCCUGAGGCAGUCGACACGGUGAUACGAGAAAUAACUCUAAUUGCACGCUUUUACUUAUACAUAUACGUAUACGUUAA